AUGGGUAUAUGUAAAUGCAAGAAGAGAUCAGACGACUUUUGCUUUGUACACAAGAAGUUCAUCUGCGAGGGUUGUGUAGUGACUGAUCAUUCAGUCUGUCAUGUUGGAUCAUAUGUAGACUGGUUGAAUGAUAGUGACUUUGAGGAACCUGUAUGUGGAAUAUGCAAAGGAGAACUAAAGAGUGAUAACUGUAUCAGGUUGAUGUGUUAUGACCUAUUCCAUCCAGAAUGUAUAGAUGUAUAUGCUUGUUCACUGCCACCAACAACUGCAAUGGCUGGCUACGCAUGUCCAACUUGUAACAAAGCAAUACUACCAUCAAAUGAGCGACAGGACGCUCUAUCAGUUAAUAUUAGGAAGACGUUUGCAGUGUCUUCAUGGGCAGAGCCAUUCUUGGGCUUGACACAUAAACAUUCAUCAAUGCCAUCGACUUCACAGACUGCAUCACAGGUGCUGUCACCGGGCUCGGACGGCAGCGGCGUCGAUCGCCACGACAUCAUGUCAUUCACAGGUCAGAUCAACCCGUCACUGCUGGAGGAGACUCCACCUCUGUCACAUCUCAACAGCAAUCCCUAUGGUCUGGCCAUCCGCAAGCAACAGGCGCCCACACAAGGCAAGAGCGACACAAUCAUCCAAGUCUCUCAACAACUGACGCCAAACAUGGUGGAUGACGAAGAAGACAAAUACAACAAGAAGAGUGUACUACUAAAGAAUAUUAUAAGGUUUAAACAGGAGAACAAGUUUACGUUCUAUCUAAUUGUGAUCCUGCUGAUAGUUGGUGUUAUCUAUGUACUGAAGAACAGGGGCAAUGUCGAGGAUCAACCAUUCGCAGAGAUAGAGGAAUAA